AUGGCAAUUUUCCCUUUGCGAGGCCAUGCCUUGACCGCCGGUAUCACCUUGACAUGCGGCCUAUCCUUCAUGCUCUUCGGUUGGGACCAAGGAGUCUUCGGCGGCAUCCUGAACAACCAGACAUUCGAGCGGCAGUUCGAUAAUCCUGGUCCUACUAUCCAAGGCCAAAUCGUCAGUACCUAUGAUAUCGGAUGCAUCAUCGGCGCUAUCAUCUCAAUCUACUUCGGUGACAGGCUUGGACGUCGCUGGUCGGUCGCCAUGUCCAGUAUGUGGGUGAUACUCGGAGGAGCUAUCCAAGCUUCGUCUUUCCACCUACCUCAGAUGAUCAUCGGUCGAAUCAUCGCUGGACUAGGCAUCGGCCAGAGCACUGCCGUGGUGCCCAUGUGGCAAGCCGAGACAAGUAAGCCACAACAUAGGGGCAAACUCGUUGCGCUCCAACUCGUCAUGGUGAUCUUCGGUAUCUCUCUAACGAACUGGAUCAAUCUGGCCAUGACCUACGUCUACAACAGUCAGGUGACUUGGCGGUUCCCUCUAGCCAUGCAGUGUUUCUGGGCUGUCCUGACCAUCGCCCUAUUGCCUCUCAUGGUGGAGUCGCCUCGCUGGUUGUGUUAUCGCGAUCGACACUCAGAAGCACAGCACGUCCUUGCACGACUUGCGAACAAGGACAUAAAUGAUCCCGAGGUGCUUGGUGAGCUGAAAAUCAUUUCCGAGACUAUCGCCGCAGAGAAGGCGGGUGGUAAGGUCGCUUGGCGAGAGGUCUUCUCUGGUGGUGAACAGCAGAACUUUAGACGAAUUUGUCUAGGUGCUGGGACUUCGAUCUUCCAGCAGAUGGGUGGUAUUAACGUGGUCGUCUACUACUUCCCAGUGAUCCUCACCAACUCAUUCGGCUUCAGCCCUCGCCUAGCACUCAUCCUCUCCGGCGUAGACUUCAUCUCCCUCAUGGUCUGGGGAUCCCUUAUGGCCUUGCUCAUUGACCGCUUCGGCCGCAAACCUCUCAUGCUGUUCGGUGCGAUCGGAUGUGGCAUCUGCUUCACCAUCACCACUAUCGGUCUUGCCAUUGGAACAAAAGCUACAUUUGCUAUGUCGGUGUCGUUUAUUUUCGGCUACCACAUGUUCUAUGGCGUAUCCUUCCUGUGCAUCCCAUUCCUGUACCCGUCCGAGAUCAACUCUUCCCGAAUGCGAAGCAUAGGCAAUUCAAUUGCAAUGGUCACCAACUGGCUAUUUGUGUACGUCGUUGUGCUCAUGACACCAAGUGCAAUCGCGAACAUUGGCUGGCGAUUCUACAUCAUAUUCGCUGUGCUCAACUUCGCAUGGUUUCCAAUUGUCUGGCUCUUCUACAUCGAGACCAAAGGCCUCUCUCUGGAAGAGGUCGAUCUUAUGUUCAAGAUCAAGCAUAAUGCUGGUACGAAGAUGUCUUACAAGGAAGCUGCUGUUCUUGCAAAACAGGAAGCAAAUAUCGUACGGGCUAUUGGUACCGAGGAAAAGCACACGACCGAGAACAAGGAUACCAUCGUUGAUGAUACUGAUUUGUAG